AUGUGGGCAGCAGUGGCUGUGUGCUGCGCUGCGUUGCUGGUGGUGUCGUGUACAGUGACACCUGCUGCUGCAGCUGCAAGCGCAGCCAGGGGGACGAUGCGCCAGGAUGCCCUGCGAGCCAGGACACCAAAGCCCGGGCCACACUUUGUCGGAAAGGACGCAGCCGAGGUGGCCACCACCCUCAACAGGCACAUUGACGCGCAUGCGCUUGGCUUCAAGCACACGGCCGUCCCCUGCGAGGCCUACGGAUUCGAGGACCUGCACGACGCCUUGCUGGACCUGUUCCAGGCCACCCUCAACGACGCCGACGCUCGCCUCUUCAACCAGCAAUACACGCAGCGCCGCGAUCGCCGCCGCCUUCGCUUCAACUCCCUGGCAGAGUUCCAACACAACUGGCAAACGGAGCUUGCUCUCCUCAACACAACCAACAACAAAGACAAAGACAAAGGCGAAGCAGAGUUGGGACAGGCCAGCACUGUCGCGGAGAACGAGCUCCCGCUUCACGAGCUCGCCCAUGCUGGGCGGUGCUAUGAGGCGGCCCUCAUCUACAUCCACCAUCUCAGCGACAAGACCAAAGCGACCCAGUCCUUUCCUCGCGGCAUCCCGCUCCUGCCAGAAGCCAACAGGGCUGCAACCGUCAGCGCAAUGCUUGAAGGCACGCCGCCAUCAUCAUCAUCAUCAUCAUCAUCAUCAUCAUCAUCAUCAUCAUCCUCAUCUAUGUCGUUGGCGGCGGGGUCAAAACAUGCGCGCAGCGGCCGCUCUCUGGCCACGGACGCCUCUGCGUUCAUCCGCCAGAAUGUGCAGGACCAGGUUGUGUGUUCUCGCUGCCACAUUCUGCCCAACACGACGUUUGCCCCAGACAUUGACACGUACAUCUCCAAACUCUUCCACAACCGAUUGAUUGAGCCAGAGGUGCGCAAGUCCAUCAGCGGUCGGCUGGAGACAACACUGCGUGUGACCACGUCAAGGCUGGAAGGGCCCCUCUCCUUCAACGUGCGCAGCUACGAGGGAAGCACGCCAGGCCCAACACUGCGCGUGCACCCGGGCGACACCAUCGGCAUCUCUCUCAUCAACGACCUGGACCCGCAUCCUGUGUCGUGCCGUGCAACCCAAGAUGGCGGCGGCGCCGAUGUCAACUUCUACCGCUGCCCUAACGUGACCAACCUGCAUCUGCACGGCCUGUGGACGGAGCCGCACGACGUGUACUCUGGCGUGUUUCCGGGGCAGUCGAGGGCGCUCGAGUACCAGGUACCUGGCGACCACGCCCCUGGCUCAAACUGGUACCACCCGCACUUUCACGGAUCCGUCUCCCUGCAGAGCGUCGAGUACUUUAACUACACCACCAACGACAUCAACUGCCCGCACACGUCCAAUUUGUCGCGCUGCCACGGGUUGGACGGCGCCGGGUCUCUCUCCACCAUCCGCUCCUUCAGCACCGACCAAAUGCCCCUCAACCUCUCGUUCACAGACCCGCACGCAGGCCACCCCAUCCCAGGCAACUACUUUAUUGUCAACGGCCAAUACCAGCCCGUCAUCACCGUGCGCCCAGGCGAAUGGCAGCGGUGGCGCACGCUUAAUGCCGCCCACCAAGCCAGCCUGUCCCUGACUGUGCCCGGCUGCGAAACGCUCGUGCUUGCAAUGGACGGCGUGUAUCUCAACGCACCGCGUCUAAAGAACAACAGCGCUCCCCUCGUCCUUCCACCAGGAUCGCGCGCUGACAUUGCUGUGAUGUGCGAGAAGCAAGGCCUGCACUACCUCAUGUCGCGCGAGAAUCCAGAUGUGCUCAACUUUGGGCAGCAGCAAGGCUUUGCGUCUGGCAUUCUGGCCCUGGUGGAUGUGGACGGUGACAGCAUGAACAUGACACGCCCCACGAAGCUCCCGUCUCUUCCCGCCUACCUCACCGACACACGCGACACAACGCCCGCCUCAUAUCACACUGUGCAGUGGGACCUGCUGUACAUGAUCAACAAUACGCAGGGCUUGACAGAUGUGCCAAUUUACGGCAUUUCGGGGCGCGCGUUCAAUGCCAGCCUGCGUCCCAGCACAUGCCUGCAGCCGUCCACGGCUACAGCCGAGUGGACCGUUGUGAACCCCAUCUGGAUCUGCAAUGCAUCGCAGCCGCUCUGCCUCUCCACCAUGAACCGCACAGCGGCAUCUGGCAAGCUGCUGAAGAAAUACCAACACCCCGUCACCAUCAGCCACGGCUUCCACAUGCACACGUUCAAGUUCCAGGUUGUUGACGACAGCAACGGCGGCUUGAGCUACGACUACGAGGUUGGGGACUGGCGCGAUACAGUGACGACGCCCGUCGCCGGGUCGGUCCGCGUGAGGUUUCGGCCCAUGACAUACGAGGGCCUUGUGCCGUACCACUGCCACAUGAGCCCACACUCCGACAGGGGCAUGAUCGCAACAGCCCUCGUCAGCUCGUCGUGUGGCACCAGCACGACCUCAAGCUCAGCCUCAACGACAACAAGCGCGACAACGACAGUGUCAACGACAACGACAGCGCCGUCGCCGCCACCGUGGGCCCCGCGCCUCACCAACUACACCAUGCCCAUCAACACCAACGUGACUGGCGCGCAGCACGCAUUUGAUGAAGGCAUGCAGCUGACGUUUGGGUUUGCCCACGACGCAGCAGCUCGCUUCUUUGGCGAGUGCGCACAGCUCGACCCGACCUGCGCCAUGUGCUACUGGGGGCUUGCCUAUGCGGCGGGGCCCGUGAUCAACGUGCCCGUGUGCAGCUCGCCUGCCUGCGGUGACGGAGCCAAGCAGGCUGCCAAGGCUCUUGCCCUUGCACGCAAGCAGCAAGGACAACUGUCGGACAAGGAGCUGUUCCUGAUCUCCGCCAUGUCCAAACGCUACAGCACCGACAGCAGCGCCAACCAGACGCACCUCUUCCGUGCCUACGCCACUGCCCUCAACAGCACAAGUUGGGUGGCCAAGGACGCCGACGUGGCUGCGCUGUACAGCGAGGCCGUCAUGAUGCUGCACGCUGUGAUUGGCGGGUACCGCUUCUACAACACCACCACAGGCAAGCCCUUCCCGGAGAUUGCGCAGGUGACGCGCGUGCUGGAGGCGGCACUCAACCUGACAGCGCCCGGCAUGCACGGCGCCCACCCGCUUGUGCAGCACUUGUACAUCCACAUCACGGAGCCAAGUGCCCCUGGCUUUGGGCCGGAGAGCGCGGGCCGCGGCCUGCCGUCUGCACUCGACUUCCAGCGACGGUUCAACACAACGCAGUGGCAGCACAUCCAGCACAUGUCUGGGCACGUAUACCUGCGCGUUGGCCGCUAUGGGGACGUGGUCACGGUCAACCGCAUUGCACACGCCUCUGAUGCAGCGUGGCUCAAGCACGGCUUGCUUCCGUAUGGGCCGGGUCAUAAUCUCGCCUUCCUCAUCUAUGGCGCUUGCAUGGACGGUCAGAGCCAGGUGGCACGCGAUUUUGGCGUCACGCUCCACAACGUCUACCGCGCCGCCCCAGACCGCCCCGAUGGGCCCGGCCCUGAUCUUGGCUGGCACAUUCCCAUGACCACGCACGUGCGCUUUGGCCGGUGGUCUGAUGUGCUCGCCACGCCGCUUGAGAUGCCGCGCGACUGGCCGUACCAGCAUGCCCUCGCCAACUAUGCGCUCGGCACCGCCUACGCACAUACGGGCAACCGAACAGCUGCGGAGGCGUGCUUGCAGGCGCUCGCGCUCGAGAAGAAGAACUUGACGGGCCGAUUUUACAAAUACGCCAUUGUGGCAGAGAUGGCUCUGCGCGCCACCCUCGCCGCCCAAGCCAGCGACACCCACAGGGCCGUUCAGUUUAUGCAAUCCGCUGUCGGCGAGCAGACGUCGUGGCCGUAUGACGAGCCGCCAGACUUCCACAUGCCCUUGCGCCAGUGUCUUGGACAAGCGUAUCUCAAUGCACAGCGCUACGUGGAUGCAGAUGCCGUGUACCGUGCUGACCUGCACGAGUACCCCAACAACGGCUGGUCUCUGUUUGGGCUGAUUGCCGCAAUGCAACAGCAGCCCCAGAAGUACUCCCCUGCCGAUGUUGCCAAGGUCCAGCAGCAGCUGGACGACACGUGGCAGCGCGCUGAUGUGCGCCUGUCUUCCAGCUGCCUUGCGCUCGUAUUCUGA